AUGUCGCUCAGUUCCAGCACUAAAGAGCCCGUCGACCAUGUGCAGACUCCAGAAAAAGAUGUCGUCGACCGUCGUGUCAGACCCGGGAAAGCCUCGAAAGAAGAACGACGGAUCCUCCAUCGGGUGGAUCGGCGAUUGAUUGUCAUGCUGGGGUUCUUGCACACGGUCUCUUUGAUUGACCGGGGUAACCUGGGAACGGCAUCCGUGGCAGGCAUGACGAAGCAGCUGCAUCUGGUGGGGAUGAGAUAUAGCAUUAUCGCCGUUGCCUUCUUCCCUCCGUACAUCUGCUUCCAGGCUCUUGGACCGGUCUUGGUCCGUAGGCUGGGCCCGGUGCGAUAUCUGUCGGGGGUGUGUCUUGUCUGGGGUGCUGUUAUGUUAUCGGCUGGUUUCGUCGAGAGCUGGAGCCAGCUGGUUGGGGUCCGUAUUGUUAUCGGUGCCUUGGAGGCAGGCUUUUUCCCGGCAGCGAUCUAUCUGAUCUCGACCUGGUACACGCGGUUCGAAAUCCAGAAGCGAUACGCUUUGUUCUAUCUGCUGGGAUGCGUGGCGUCGGCUUUCACAGGACUUCUCUCAUAUGGCAUCACAUUCAUGAACGGCCUCGGAGGGCUCACAGCCUGGCGCUGGAUCUUCGUCAUCCAAGGCCUCAUCACCUGCGUCCUAGCGGCGAUCGCCUAUUUCGUGCUGAUCGACUUCCCGGACCGCAUGAUGCACAAGCAGAAUAGGUUCCUCUCACACAGAGAGUAUGAGAUCGUGAUGCGUCGCAUCGACAACGACCGGUCCGAUGCAACGCUUGAGGCGUUCAAUCUGAAGAUGUACCUCGGAGCCGGUGUGGACAUCAAUAUCUGGGGAUUCGGGUUGAUCUACUUCUGCAGCACGACCACUGCAUACGCUCUGUCGUACUUCUUGCCUAUCAUUUUCCAGAAGGGCAUGGGAUUCUCGACGGGCGUGUCGCUGUGUUUGUUUGCACCGCCGUACGCUGCCGCGGGGAUUGUCAUGAUGGCCGCUUCGUGGGUCGGCGACCGUUAUCGGAUUCGCGGACCGAUUAUCUUGUUCAAUGCGAUGUUGAGCUUGAUCGGACUCCCUUUGAUGGGCUUCACUGAAGGGAUCGCCCCCCGCCUGGUUGGGUGUUUCUUCACCACCAUCGGUGCAAAUGGAAAUAUCCCGGCCGCGAUGGCAUAUCAGGCCAACAAUGUCCGCGGCCAGUGGAAGCGCGCCAUCUGCAGCGCCAUCUUCGUCGGUCUCGGUGCCUCAGGGGGUAUGACCGGGUCUCUGGUCUUUCGCUCACAGGAUGCCCCCAACUACCGUCCGGGCAUUUCGACCUGCAUAGGUCUGACGGGACUAAGUAUUGUACUGGUUGCGUUGCUAUCGCUUCGACUGCAUUACCUGAACAAGAAGGUCGAUCGGGGCGAAUUAGUCAUUGGCGGGCUACCUGGGUUCAAGUACACUCUGUAG